AUGGCAGGAGCGGAAGAAAAAGGAUUUGAUGAUGAUGGAUACACAAAAGAUGGGACUGUCAGUAUCAGUGGCAAAGCUGUCCUCAGAUCCAAGACUGGUGGCUGGAAGGCUUGUUCUUUCAUCGUUGUGUAUGAAGUGUUUGAGCGUAUGUGCUACUGGGGGAUCUCAUCCAACCUAGUUUUAUACAUGACGACGGUGCUCCAUCAGGGCACAGUUCAGUCGUCCAACAAUGUGACGAAUUGGGUUGGCACCGUUUUCCUCACCCCAAUUUUGGGUGCCUAUGUUGCUGACGCUUUUUUGGGACGAUUUUGGACCUUCAUCCUCGCAUCCGCAAUUUAUUUCUCCGGAAUGGCAUUGCUGACGUUGGCGGUAUCAGUCCCAGCCCUAAAACCUCCGCCAUGCGCGGACGCAAAUGGACCUCACUGCCCAAAACCAUCCACAUUGCAACUCGGCGUCUUCUUCGGAGCGCUCUAUAUACUAGCCAUCGGCAACGGCGGCACGAAGCCCAACAUUCCGACCAUCGCCGCCGACCAAUUCGACGUGCACGACCCCAAAGAGAAGUCCCAGAAGCUCUCCUUCUUCAACUGGUGGCUUUUCAGCGUUUUCUUGGGCACUUUCUUUGCCAACACCAUAGUUGUGUACAUUCAAGACAACGUUGGAUGGGCGGUCGGCUACGGUCUCCCCACCGUCGGCCUCGCGGUGUCGCUCAUCAUUUUCUUGUCCGGCACGCCCUUCUAUAGGCACAAGAAAGCCCUGGGAAGCCCUAUUACGAAGAUGGCUAGGGUCAUCGUUGCUGCUUUCAAGAAGUGGAAUGUUCCAAUCCCUUCUGAUCCCAAUGAGUUCUAUGAGCUUGACUCGGAUGUUUAUAUCAAGAAAGGGCAAUACAAGAUCAAGUCUACACCUUCUUUGAGGUUUCUAAACAAAGCCUGUGUUGAAACAGGGGACACCAGUCCAUGGAUGCUCUGCCCAGUUUCGCAAGUAGAAGAAACAAAGCAAAUGCUACGAUUAGUCCCAAUCCUAAUCUCCACCUUCAUUCCCAGCAUUCUAUUCGCCCAAAUCAACACACUUUUCGUGAAGCAAGGCGUCACACUCGACCGAAAAGUCGGCAACUUCAAUUUCCCGCCCGCCUCCGUGGUCGGCAUGGUCACCCUCUCCAUGCUCCUCUGCAUCGUAAUCUACGACCGCGCCUUCGUCCCGGCCAUCCAAAAAUGGACCAAAAACCCCCGAGGCAUAACCCUCCUCCAGCGCCUCGGAAUCGGCCUAACCCUCAACAUCCUCGUCGUGGUCGUCGCCGGAUUCACCGAAAUGCACCGCCUCGCCGUCGCUAAGGACCACGGCCUGGUGGAGAGCGGCGGGCAAGUGCCGCUCACAAUCUUCGUGUUGCUCCCGCAGCUCUUCCUCCUCGGAUUGGCCGACGCGUUCGUGGAGGUGGCCAAGACGGAGUUCUUUUACGACCAGGCGCCGGAGAGCAUGAAGAGUUUGGGGUCGUCUUGUUUUCCGACGAGUUUGGGAGUUGGGAAUUUUCUUUGCAGUUUUGUGCUGUCCACGGUGUCUCGCGUGACGGAGAGGGGUGGGCGGAAAGGGUGGAUUCUCAACAACCUUAAUGAUUCUCGCCUGGAUUAUUAUUACUGGUUUAUUGCGUUGCUUAAUGUGGUGAAUCUUGGGUUCUUUUUUGUUGUGGCUAAGUACUAUGAGUACAAGGCUGAAAUCUCGGAUUUCUCGGAUAUGAUGGUUGAAUUGAAGCAGAAUGGAACUGAAGGAAAUGGUGAUACUGAUGAUCAUGAAGCUUCACGAAAGUAUUGAAUUAUAUUGAAUAAUAUUAAUAAGUGGAUGGAACACAGGCAGAAUUUAGUUUAA